AUGCUCGGACGAUUGCGAAGGAUAACCGUAUAUGAAACUGCUGGAAGGUUUUAUCUGGUAGGAUGUGAUGCAUCCGGCACGAGAUUCAAAGUUCUCAAGAUUGACCGUAUCGAUUCGAAAGCGCUACUGACGGGUGAACCAGAGUGUGACUACUCCAAGGAAGAGAUUCUAGAGCUUCUCGCAACCAUCACAGAAGGGAGUUCAGUGGUCUACAGAUCCUCACCUAAUCUCAAUGGCAAGUCAAACAAGAAAAGUUCUGCGGGUCUUAUUGAAAGGAUAAGCAAUGCCUUC